AUGGCCCCGCUCGCAAACGCUAAUGUCCCAAAGAGCACAAAGAUGCAUUCAAAAGUCGUCAUCAUAGGCUCAGGUCCUGCUGGUCACACCGCCUCCGUUUAUCUUGCACGUGCAAACCUCAAUCCUGUCCUCUUCGAGGGCUUCAUGGCAAACGGUUUCGCUGCCGGUGGCCAGCUUACAACCACGACAGAUGUCGAGAACUACCCUGGCUUUCCCUCCGGCAUCCUGGGCCCUGAGCUCAUGGACAAAUUCCGCGAACAGUCUAUUCGCUUUGGCACCCAGAUCAUCACAGAGACCGUUUCUAAGAUCGAUCUCUCUGCGCGCCCUUUCCGCUACUGGCGAGAGAGCCAGGAACACGAGGAACCAGAAACUGCAGACACGAUCAUAAUUGCCACUGGUGCGAGCGCUAAGAGGCUAGGACUCAAGGGCGAGGUCACAUACUGGCAAAGCGGUAUCAGCGCAUGUGCGGUCUGUGACUGGAAUCAACCACUGGCUGUCAUCGGUGGUGGUGACUCUGCAGCAGAAGAAGCCACCUAUUUGACAAAGUACGGCUCUCACGUCUACGUCCUCGUCCGCCGUAGCGAACUCCGUGCAUCUAAAAUUAUGGCCAAACGUCUCAUGAACAAUCCCAAGAUCACCAUCCUCUGGAACACCGUAGCAACUGAAUGUCAAGGCGACGGCGACCUACUCAACAAUCUCCGUAUCAAGAAUGUAACGACAGGCCAAGAACGCGAUCUCCCUGUGCGCGGACUGUUCUAUGCGAUCGGACAUGAGCCAGCUACGGCGCUCGUGCGUUCGCAGCUGCAAACAGACCCCGAUGGCUAUAUCAUUACUGUCCCUGGAACGACGCAGACAAGUGUCAGGGGCGUGUUCGCUGCUGGUGAUGUCCAGGAUAAGAGGUACAGACAAGCUAUUACUAGUGCGGGGAGUGGAUGUAUGGCUGCACUUGAAGCAGAGAGACUUAUUGCAGAAGAAGAGGAGGGUAUAGAAGAGGAUUAG